CCAAAGACAAAGUAGACUCAUACUUCUUUUGCCGAACAACAACAUAAAUCAGUUGCAUGACGACCGUCAGAUAAUGACGCUACUUGAUUUCCCUACAACAGGUAAUUAUUUAAGGUCAAAGUAGUAUGAGAAACGAUGUGCCUUCCUAGGCCGCAGGCUGUUCUUCUGUUUCGAUGUUUUACUCAUUCAGUUCGCUGCGCAGCCCAAAUUGUCUUAAGGCUACCGCUGAACCAUCCUCUACACUAAUAUCCCUGGCUCUUUUUCUAGUUGAAAAGGAAGCCAAGGAUGGACUCAGGGAUUUGAACGCGGUAGCUCUAAUAAUCGGCCGAGUGGUGCCUUCUCAUCUUCCCAGCAGCCACCCGCAUCCUCACAUCCAGGCCCAAAAAGGGACAUUCAUCUCCUGCCGCCUCCGAGCUCUGUGACAUAUCGACUAAACAAAGCAGAUCAAGAUUACUACGGAGGAGGAGGAGCUUCGACAUCUUCGUCCUCUACGGGAAGCAGUACUAGAGAUAAUCAACGGUCGACGAUAACUUCGUCGAAAGUUUUAUGGCCUAGUAGGAGCAGCUAAUGUCACUUUUAUGUUUCCACCAGCAGUAGCAGUACCAUGCUCGUUAUUGUAGUCUACUUGUGGAUUCUUCGUAAUAUUUAUACUACUGUCGGUUCACGAACUACAAGAAGGCGAAAAAUCAAAAUGGAAAAUUACAAGGAUGGACUUCGACUUCAUUAUGUUGAUGUUGAAAUUGAAAACCCUUUCUAAUACUCAUAGCGUCUCCAAGUGUGACGGUGACGAACAACGACCCUGGUAGAAGUAUCACUAGCCCAACCACGACUACAAGGGUCACAUCUACGAGAGGUUCUGGGAAUUACACGACUUACAGUGGUCAAUACGGUUGUGGUCAAUACGUCAACAUCAGAGGCAGUACUACGACGAUGGUGAGCCCGGUCGAAAGAGUUCCGCGAAAUAUCGACUCGCUCCUGAGGUUCUUCCAGAGCGAUUACUUCAAAAGCGAGGUCUUCUAUCUGAUGCAUUAUCUGUAUCACGACGAGCGGGCUGGAGUGCAGGACUACCUCGUCAAUCAGCUUUAUCAGAAGUACUCAAAAGAUACUUAGAUGGUGUCCAGGACUACCUAGUUAAUCAGCUUUAUCAGAAGUAAUUCUGAUUUUCUCUCCUUGAUCAUAUUGAUAUUCUACUUGUUGUAGUUCUACUUCUAUUCCUAUUCGUCAAGGUCAACUUGAUUGGCAAUAAUACAAGUUCAUGCUCUUAGUUCUUCUUACUUUCCAAAUUCUUAAUAUCGAAGUCAAUGGGGAUAACCAUAACGCAACUCUCUUCCAAUAAACUCUCCCAGGUCCGAUGUUGAAGUUGAUUUCUAUUUGUGCCAGUUAGUCCAGAUUUGCGUUGCCCGCAUGUGCAGCAGCAGUUCAAAUGCCAUCAAGAGUACUUCUGAAGGUGGGAAAACUACUGCACCAGCGAGUGGGGGACCCGAUCCGGCGCUUAGUCUCUCCAAAUUUCUAGUCUGGAAAGCGCGUCAGUCCGUUCAUUUCGCGUUGAAGAUACAUUGGCUCGCGAUAUCGGUGUUUGAGGAGAAGGAGCAAACGCAGGAGUUGAAGAUCGCAGGCGACACCCUGAUCGAUCAGGUGGAGCGCGCGGUCGUCAAUGCACAUCAAACCAAAGUGGUGUCGGGGAAUGCACUGACGGCAGGAGCUGCACAAGGACAAGACAGCGAGAAACUCAAUAUGGCACGAGAUGAAAAGUUUUUGGCAGUGAUCAAUUUCAAUAUGUGGUAGCACUACUUCCUAGAAGUCUUAUUCGAAUACAAGACAACACAUAUCUGCUGAACAGAUCAUACAGAAGAUGAGCCCCGUUCUUCUAUUCUCACCACAGGAUGAAGGUUUGAAAUAGAAAGAAGAUUCUUAGAAGCCUUCUUCCCCUCCUCCUGUCAUAUUUCAACGGACGGAUUCAGUAGGGGCUCCGAUUGAGCCCAGAGCAGGAUCUGUUUUGAUGUAUUUGCGGAGUCUGAAGCGUGACACAAGAGGCAGCUACUUCGAACUAGACGAACUUGCACCCAACGUCUAUGCAAAAGACCAGCUUGGCAACUCAAUACCACGGUUAGAGGAGCAGGCGAAGAUUUUGACGGUAUUCUGGUUCCAUAUUUAACUAAUUCUAACAGUUGUUCAGGAUCCAUAUAACUAACUCUAUUUUGUCAGUCCAGGAUCCAUAUAACUAACUCUAACAAUUUCAGACAACUUCUCAUCUGCCAAUAUCCUCGUCAGUCCGCACCGCUAUCAUAAGCAUAAAUUCAAGUUGUUGUAUUGAGCCAAGGUCUACAACCCAGCAAAAUACCCGCCAGGUAAACUACUGGAACACGCAACUCGCUUUUUCGACGUUCCUUCUCUCCCUCUGCGAAUAUGUGAUGCUGAAGACGGACAGGGAUGCGGCAUUGCAAAAACCUUUGGAGUUGCUCAAUGUGUGGCUCCUAGAACGACGUUGUUUCGGAGCAACAGCCUUGCCAGAAUUCCAGAUGAUUGGUCUCCACAUGCCUCUUAGCGGGACUGACACAAGAUUGCAGCUGCUUCGGGUCCAUGCGCAGGAUUGCAGGGUGUUUUCGUUAAGGCUGGUUUUUCGAUUUCUUCCGUUGAUGGCGUCAAUUGGCCGUCAUAACGUAUUUAAUCAAGAAUCAAGUAACUCCACAUAUACAUACUCUGAAAUUCUCCCUCCCUCCUGUGCCUACGUGUAAGUCCUGUCUAAUCCGCACAAAAACUCGAGCUCCGUUUCUCAUCGUUUGCGAAUUCGGAGAUUUAGACGAGGUCGCAGGUUUGGAGCAAGACUCAGUUGCGGGAGCUAUAGAAAAAAAGCUAGAUAAUUCUGAACGAGCACAACAAGGUAAUAGCCUCCAAUCAGCAGGUCGCGACCUAGUUCACCAAGAAGUGUGUGAGUUGCUGGAAGAGCCCUACGAUGCCACCGAAACACUGGAAAGUGUGCUAGAGAAAAUAUCGCUAGCUGACUGGGUGGCGAAGGUAUAAUUUGUGUAGGAUCAUACUGAUUUAGAAGAUUAUUUAGUGUCCGCCAUUAAUCUCAACGGCUACGGUACCGAUGGCACCACCCAGCACUGCUAAAUUAAGACAAAAUCGGUGAAGCCUUUCUAUUAAGUCUUCACUUAUAAUUGCUUCCAAUCCAGGUCUACCAGCGUCCACUUGAUGACCAGAGCAACGACUUUGAGUAUGUGAGUGAUAACGAGAGGGAGGAAUUUCAUCAGUUCGAGGUGAUAGAUGACGAAAUCUAUGACGAAGACCUAGACGCCACCGACAUUGCCAAGGACCGUGAAGCAGCCAUGAGCCGAGUCGAGAAGGAAUUGAGUUCGGGGAUUACAGAGUAUUUCGCGUCCACUAUGCUGGAUCAUGGUGGACUUCUAGGUAGUGACGGUACAGUAGGUGAUGGAGCCGCUACAGUAGAUGAUGUAGGAGAACAACAUGCAGCAGGAGUGGCCUUGGAACCAAUAGCGCACACUAAAUCGGCACCAGCUGCUUCGGGAAGGGCUGGCCUUUUUGGGAGAAGGAGUCCCGGUCGUGGGAGUAAGUCGACGACAGCCAAAGAAGCAAAAGCAGCAGGCUUGUUUCAAGGGUCAGCCGCGUCUUCAUCACCUAGUUGUACUAGUAGACCUAGUAGAAGUGGAGUAGAGAAAGAACCAGCAGAAGGUAGAUGUAGUACUCCUAUUGAAACAUCAGGACGAGUGGAGGUAGCUGCAUCCUCUUCAACUAGUAGCAGUUCCGGUAGAAUAGACGAGCCCUCGAAAAAUACAGAGAGUGCAGUUACAAACGGAGAAUCUUCAGAAACUCCUACUAUCACCGGAGGUGUAGUCGUAGGCUCAAGCCCAGCUAGUUCAUCCACUGCACCGCACCCGGAGAGCACGACAAGUGAGGCAGUUUCUUCAACGCCAUCUGCCUCAGAAAAGGACAAUAAUGACAUACCUCCGAUAUCAGCCAGUAGUAGUGAUGUUCUCGUAACGAGUCUGAGCGUUGGAGAAAACGUCGAGCCUGAUUUCUUUAUGCAAUAUUGAAGUAAAAGAGUUCAUCAUCAAGUCUCUAGUACUCAGAUUCCCUGUAGCUGUACAUCUGCCACCGCAUUUCAAUCAACACUGUAGUGUAGAAUACAUAGUGAGUCUCCAUCCAAAUAGAAAUAACGAUGUUGAGGACCUUUCUCCUUUCAUUCCAUCCAAAUCCGUUUCCUUGUCAAAGCAGUUUCCGGCAAAAUUCGAGGACCGCAUACAGAUGCGGAAGGUCAUUGCCGCAGCAACGAGAAAGCAAAUAUGGGGAGAACCAUGGCAGAAGAAGAAACGAAGACUAGAGAAGCGGUCGUCCUACUCCAAGCUGCGGUCAUGGUGCUUGAGGAGUAUGAUCGUGAAGAGCGGGGAUGACGUAAGGCAGGAAGUUCUGGCGUCCCAGCUGAUCACGCAGUUUCGCUGGAUCUUCAACCAAGCGCCGGGGCUGAGUUUAUAUCUGCGCCCGAUCGAAGUGUUGAUUACUAAGGCCUGAAGCGCUACUCCUGUACUCCUACAUAUCCCAGAACUUUUGCUCGUAUAUAAGCGCUCCAUUUUGGCAAAGUCCCAACUCAGAGAUCACACAGCACCCUAAAAGGAGUCCACCGCACCCUAAGGGAAGUCAUCUGAAGAUAGUGCCCUCAUCCAUUCAAUAACAAACGCGGUAGUCGCCCAAGUAUCUGCGUUGACUCCACAAAGUGGGCUCUGUUAACGCUGAGUCUUUUCAAAAGCAUCUAAUGGCUUGGAGCGCCACUCGUACUCCUCCAUGUCCAAGAAGAGUAUUGCACCCCUUCCAGUUGUUAAUCUCUAAUCCGCCCGGCGCAAAAAGUGGUCUGAUGGAGAUGGUCCCCGAUAGUAUUUCGAUCGACAGAUUGAAACGGAAGUUUCCGGAUUUGUCAUUAGCCCAGAUAUUUGAGCGGGCUUUCGGGGAUAGGCUUUUGACCGCAAAGCGGAACUUCACAGAAAGCACUGCGGCGUACUCGCUGGUCUGCUACUUUUUUUAUGGCGUGAAACUGAAAGAAAGUAUAUAUUUUGGCUUUAGUUCUUCUUGUCUACUUACAAAAAUGGACUCUCAAACAGGCGAAUCCAACCCAUUACCUCUUCUAAUCCUUGCAAGUCCGCGACCGACACAACGCAAAUAUGCUCUUAGACCGAGAAGGGAGGAUCGUGCACAUAGAUUUCGGGUUUAUGCUCAGCAACUCACCAGGAAACAUCGCUUUUGAAACGUCACCGUUUAAACUGACCCAAGAAUUCUUGGAUAUCAUGGACGGGGAACAGAGUGAACAGUACUACUUAUACUUUCUUAAGUGGAUGUCCUAUGCUGAGGAAGUCACAUGUUGAUGAUGUAUUUGGAAAACUACCACUAGUGAUGCUAUGAUUUCAUCUGGCUAUCAUCAUGACUGCGUACGGAGUUCUCCACAAGAUGAAAUUCAACUUUCUUGUUCUGACUCACAUCAACUCGCAUUCACCUACAACAACGUCACAUCAUCAGGUACCAAUACUUCUGCACGCUCUUGAUCCGGGGCUUCUUAGAGGCCAGAAGACACGUCGAAAGGAUUAGCACGAUCAUUCAGAUGCAGAUGCUGAACAGCAAUUUGCCUUGUUUCUCCGGAAAAAGCUGUGCUACGAUCGUGACGGAACUCGAAGAGCGCUUUUUCAGAGGGCUGCCGGAUGACGCUUGCAUCGAGCAGAUACAUCAGCUCAUCGAUGCCUCAGUGAACAACUGGCGGACGAAACAGUACGAUAACUAUCAAAGAAUUACUAAUGGGAUUCUCUGAGAUGGCAUGAUGGGCAUCUUCAGGAAGGGAACCACGUGUGGACGUGGAGCGGGAAUAGCCUUCAUUUUCUGCGUUCGUCUCAAAUGGCAAAAAGUCACAAAAGAUGACAGUUUCUAUUUAAGCCAACAUAAGUUCAUUUCUGUUCUUCGGGAUAGGAAAGGGUUGCUGGGCUUGAGUUAGUAUUUCUGAAAGUUUCAUCUGGAUCUAAUCGUAGUAGUGGCUGCGUCUGCGGCAAUUGUCUUUAUAUUUCUGUUCUUCAUUAUACCAAAGUGUUUACUCGAAACUACCAGCUGCUAAUUAAGAUUAGAUUGUCUAUGAUUGAAGUUACUUAUGUCUGAAAACCAAGAGGGAACCGAGACUGAAAGUGCAGGAAAAUUUUGAUUACAUCCAAAACAAGGAUGAAAUUCGUGCACGAUAAGUUUUUGAAAGGCCAAAAGCGAAAAAUACAAGAAGGGGCGGUGGUUUUGAGACGCACG